AUGAAGACUACUCCAUUAUUAUUCCUCUCUAUCUUUCUAUUCUCCGUAUUGCUUUGCGAAGCAAGAGAGGCUCCAAACCCGGUGCUCGACAUCAACGGGAAGAUCCUCCGAGCAAGUGACAAGUACUAUGUCGUACCACUUCAACAGGACCAGGGUGGUGGGCUCGACCUAACUUCCCGUAGAAGCCAAAGAUGCCCUUGGAGUGUGGUUCAAGAUCCCGCCUAUUGGUGGGGCAACACGAUUCAGUUCUACCCGGUAAAUUCAAAAAAAGGCGUGAUCCGUGAAUGGACUGACCUCAACAUCGAAUUUCCAGACAUCUCCACGGGAUGCCCCGAGUCUAAUGUUUGGACAAUAACUGGCGAUCUCUCGUCAUAUGAUGGUAGUCAUUACAUAACAACUGGUGGAGAAAUAGGAAAUCCUGGUGAACAAACUCUAGGCAAUUGGAUCAAGAUUGUGAAAACAACUAACGCCUACAAGCUAAUGUUCUGCCCAGAUGUGUGCAAUUACUGCUCAUACGUGUGCAGAGAUGUUGGCAUUUCUGUGGAAGGAGGACACAAGCGUUUGGUUCUUAGCGAUGUCCCUCUUGAAAUCACCUUUAGGAAGGCAUAA